UUUCCUUCAGUCAAUGUCUCUGUAUCCAUAUUUCAGGUUGGUAAAAACGCUGCAAUAAUAUUCUAUUUUCAAAGGGAAACCCAAAAACUGAAGCGCGAGGAAGCUAAAAGUAGCAACGAGGGAUGAGAGAACAAGAGGAUUGGAGGAUUACGACAGCGCUGUUAACGUUGUUGUUGGUGUUUGUUUCUUCUUUUCCGGCGUUGAGUUACGGAGUUGUUCCUCCUCGUACUCUGCUCAAUAAGCUGUCUCAGGGCAGUUAUCUCACCACUCAGGAGCAAUGGUUCAAUCAAACCCUCGAUCACUUCUCUCCCUAUGAUCACCAUCAAUUCCGUCAACGUUACUACGAGUUUCUAGACUAUUUCCGGAUUCCUGAUGGACCAAUUUUCUUGGUAAUCGGUGGUGAAGGUCCAUGUAAUGGGAUAACAAAUGACUAUAUUGGUGUACUGGCUAAGAAGUUUGGAGCAGCUAUGGUUACUCUUGAGCAUCGCUACUAUGGAAAGAGUUCCCCAUUUAAUUCUUUGGAGACAGAAAAUUUGAAAUAUCUUUCAUCCAAGCAGGCACUCUUUGAUUUGGCUGUUUUUCGUCAGUAUUAUCAGGAUUCCUUAAAUGCAAAGCUUAAUAGAACAAAAACUGAAAACCCCUGGUUCGUUUUUGGUGGCUCAUAUGCUGGAGCACUCAGUGCAUGGUUCCGUCUCAAGUUUCCCCAUUUAACAUGUGGAAGUCUGGCAAGUUCUGCAGUUGUUCUUGCUGUUUAUAACUUCACAGAAUAUGAUCAACAGAUUGGUGAGUCAGCAGGUGCUGAAUGUAAAGCAGUAUUACAAGAAACUACUCAACUCAUUGAGCACAAACUUGCAACCAAUGGAAAGGAACUAAAGGCAUCUUUUAAUGCAGAUGAUCUCGAAAAAGAUGGAGACUUUAUGUAUUUAAUUGCAGAUGCUGCUGCUGUAGCAUUUCAAUAUGGUAAUCCUGAUAAAGUAUGCAAGCCUAUGGUUGAAGCAAAGAAUGCUGGAGAGGACUUGGUGGAUGCUUAUGCCAAAUACGUCAAAGAGUACUACAUUGGAACCUUUGGUGUUAAUGUGCAGACUUAUGACCAGGAGUACUUGAAGAAAACUGCUAUCAAUGAAGACAGUUCUACUCGAUUAUGGUGGUUUCAAGUUUGCACUGAAGUUGCAUUCUUUCAGGUGGCUCCAUCAAAUGAUAGUAUACGCUCCUCAGAAAUUGAUGCAAAAUACCAUAUGGACCUUUGCAAAAAUAUCUUUGGAGAGGGCAUCUUUCCUGAUGUUGAUGCAACUAAUUUAUACUACGGAGGCACAAAAAUUGCUGGUUCGAAAAUAGUAUUUGCAAAUGGCUCACAGGAUCCUUGGCGUCAUGCGUCCAAACAAACUUCAUCUCCUGAUCUGCCUUCCUACACCAUCACAUGUAGCAAUUGUGCCCAUUGUACUGAUUUUCGAGGAUGUCCUCAAUCUCCUUUGGUCCUUGAAGGUAAUGAGAAGAACUGCUCCUCACCUGAUGCAGUUCACAAAGUAAGGCAACAGAUUACAGAACAUAUGGACUUGUGGCUAUCUGAGUGCCAAGAAGGCAGCAGUUAUAUAUGAUCACUAGUAUGUUAACCCACGCACUGAAAUGAAUAAAGUAAUAAAUUAGUAUACACUAAUUUCAUCCUUCAUGAUCAUUAUAUAUUUAAAAAUAGAUAUGGAAACAUGUGCCACUUUAUUUAUUUGGGGAUUGUU